UGGGACUUGUUGCGGGCCUUGGGAGCACCCACCACAGCCGGCCCGGUGCUCGUGGGGUCUCACGGAAGCCGGAGGCUCCGUCCAUACCCGUCGUGGGGGGAGGGGGAGGUGUGAGGGCGGAGCUGUGCUCGCGCCAUUGGAUCUUACGUCAUUAGUCGGCGUCGAAGACCCUUCCUUCUGGGAGCUGUAGUCUCCUCCCGAGAGGUGGGGCGCCAUUCUCGCCGCACGUCAUCCCGCGGAAGGGGUGCCGUCGGCAUGGUGGGGUGUGGGCCGGCAUCUAGGUCGAGGAAACGGGCCAGACAAAAAUGGCAGCCAGAGGGAAGGAGAUUAGAUAUCAGGAAAAGCUUCCUGACUCGGAGGGAUUUGAGUUGUGGUAUGGAGGUACAGCGCGCCCUGGAGCGGCUGCACAUGACCAUCUUCUCCCAGAGCGUUUCCCCCUGUGGCAAGUUCUUAGCGGCAGGGAACAACUACGGGCAGAUUGCCAUCUUCAGUUUAUCAGCCGCUUUGAGCUCAGAAGCCAAAGAGGAAAGCAAGAAGCCGGUGGUGACCUUUGUAGCCCACGAUGGCCCCGUGUACAGCCUGGUCUCAACGGAUCGCCAUCUGCUCAGUGCAGGGGAUGGUGAAGUGAAGGCCUGGCUUUGGGGGGAAAUCAUCAAGAAGGGCUGUAAGGAAGUAUGGAGCAGACAUCCCCCGUACAGGAGCAGCCUGGAAGUUCCUGAAAUCAAUGCUUUGCUGCUUAACCCCAAGGAGAAUUCCCUCCUCUUGGCAGGGGGUGAUUGCCAACUUCAUACUAUGGACCUGGAAACUGGAACAUUCACACGUGCACUUCGAGGUCACACUGAUUACAUUCAUUGUCUGGCUCUUCGGGAAAGGAGUCCUGAAGUGUUAUCUGGGAGUGAGGAUGGCAGUGUUCGUCUUUGGGAUCUUCGUACUGGUGAGGAGGUGCAGACCAUUGAAGUUUACAAGCAUGAGGAGUGUGCUCGACCCCAGAAUGGGAAGUGGAUUGGAUGUUUAGCAACUGACUCAGAUUGGAUGGUAUGUGGAGGGGGCCCAGCUCUUACUCUUUGGCACCUUCGAUCUGCCACACCCACAACAGUGUUUCCACUUAGAGCCCCACAGAAACAUGUAACCUUCUAUCAAGAUCUGAUCCUCUCAGCAGGACAAGGACCUUGUGUGAACCAGUGGCAGCUGAGUGGGGAGCUGAAGGCACAGGUACCUGGUUCCUCUCCCAGUCUGCUUAGUUUAAGCCUUAAUCAGCAGCCUGCUGCACCAGAGUGCAAGGUUCUGACAGCUGCAGGAAAUAGCUGUAGAGUUGAUGUCUUCACUAACCUUGGAUACCGAGCUUUUUCCUUAUCUUUCUCCUGACCCUCCUCUCCAAUCUUCCCUUCCCCAUUUGUUAGGAUCUACUUUGUUAAUUAAAAAAAAAAAAAAG